AUGGCAACGUUGUGCGUCCGCCACGCGGACUGCUUCGCCGCCCGCGCGUUCUUCGAGGCUCCUCUCCGGCCGAUGCAGCAGCGGAAGUCUCAGGCCACGGCUCCCCGGCCUGCGCCCGGGCCGGCGCGCGGACGGGCGUGCAACGCCAACGGGCGGCCGCGCAGGCGCCGGUCUCCCCCGGCGGCCAUGGAGAACGUCGUGAUCCUGAAGCGCGGGGAGCAGGUCCCGCCUGUGUUUACGGAGGCGUCGACGGUGGAGACGAAGGUGCAUGAGUCCGUGGAGGCCGCGAAGCAGAGCAGUGCAGAGGCGGCGGAGAAGGAAGAGCCGGUGGAUGUGGCUGCCGCAGACCGCCACGGCGCCGAUGCCACGAUAGCAGAGGCCGUGGCGGCCGCCGCGCGACCGCGACGGACGACCCUCCCACAGGCGGAGGAGGAGGCCGGGCGGGCACCCUUGUCAGCCGCGACCGCGCAGCCGGCGCCGUCGGCUCCGUACGCGGGCGCGUCGUUCCUCGUGGCCGCGCCCGACCCACGUGCCCUGCCCAUCCCGGGGCUCUUGCUGAAAGCCCGCGGCAGGGGCGCUCGGCCUCGGAUCCGUGCGCCUGACGACGAGCGCGCACCGGCGCCCACGGCUGCGGCAGCAUGA